AUGAAGGGCCGUCCGGUCGACCAGCUCGUUUACGAGCAGAUGUUCCCCAAACCGAAGCCCCAGGACCCCCAGAACUUCCAUGCCCUCCUUCAACGACACCUGAUCCUUGAGGUCCGCCAGGAGGUCCACUCCUUCUAUGGCCAUCUCGACACCGCAGAAGCCAAGUACCCAGGUCUCGACUACACACAUCCCAUUCACCGAACUCGACUCAGCAGGUGGCAGUGGCACCGGAGAAUGUUCCGAGCUUUCGACGCCCUGCGCCUCACCCCAAGCGAAAUUGCCGGCUUGACAAAAUGGGAGGGUACGAGAUGGGCCAAGGUUCGAUAUGAGCGAGAGCAGAACAUCUCCAUACGUGACACAGCAGCCGACGGCAUGUCCCACUGGCUCGACCGUGAAGUCCGCAUCACCACCUCGGAUUCAGCGGAUGGCCCAGACACCACCGAGGACGACACAAUGGCCGAGGUCGACGAGGAUGAUAGCGACGGUGAAUUGGAGAGCGUUGGCAUUGCAUUGAAUGAGCAACUACGUGAGCGAGUGGCGGCCAGAAACGCGGGGGAUCUGUCCCUACCUGUGGACGAGGCCUGGGAACAGUGGUUCAAGAAUGCAGUAGAGACCGGCGAGAUUUCUCACAUGCGGGAAAGGAUCACCCACGUGUCCCCUCAGGACCUCUUUCCUCCACGCUUCAUUGAUGCCGCAAGAGCUGGGAAUUGGCAUGACAUUCCCGAGUUUCUGCGGGAUUUGAUCAGAGAUGGCCUACGUGCUGAGGAUAAUCGCCUACAAGGGCGCUCAGCAGUCCCUUCUCCGUCAUCCACAGCAUCGGCCUCGAGCGUCUUCAGCCUCCUGUCUGCGCCUCUCCAACCCGUAUCUCACAGCAGCCGCGGCUCGGCAACUCGCAGCUCCUACUCAGGCCUCCGCAUACCCGGCGCCUUUCAAGGACUCGACGAUGGUGGCACGUCGCACGCGCAACGCGGCCAAGCUUAG